AAGGCGACUAGGAGCUGGAGGCGAGGGGGCAUGGUCCGGGAACCAACGGACUGAGCCGGGGCUGGCGGCCAGUAGCAGCAGUAGUAGCAGCACAUCGGAACUUGGGCCGAAUCGAGCAGCCCUGUGCGCGACGGGACCAUGGGAUGCUGCACUGGCCGCUGCACGCUUAUUUUCAUCUGCACUUUACAGCUGCUUGCUGCAUUAGAGAGACAAGUAUUCGAUUUCCUGGGAUAUCAAUGGGCUCCCAUCCUGGCCAAUUUUCUUCACAUCAUAAUUGUCAUCUUGGGCCUCUUUGGAACCAUUCAGUAUAGACCUCGAUACAUUGUGGUGUAUGCAGUGUGGACAGCUAUCUGGGUCACUUGGAACAUCUUCAUUAUCUGUUUUUACUUGGAGGUGGGAGGACUUUCAAAGGACAGUGAACUUCUGACCUUUAAUAUUUCCCAGCACCAAUCAUGGUGGAGUGAGAAUGGGCCAGGCUGUGUCCGAAGGGAAGCCCCAGCGGCUGGGAUUGCAGGCUUGGACAGCCAGUCCUAUGUCUCUGUGAUCGGCUGCACUCUGGAGUAUCGGUACAUCGAAGUCAUACACAGCUCCUUCCAGAUCCUAGUGGCGUUGGUGGGCUUUGUGUAUGCCUGUUACGUGGUCAGUGUCUUCACAGAGGAAGAAGAUAGCUUUGAUUUCAUUGGUGGAUUUGAUCCAUUUCCUCUCUACCAUGUCAAUGAAAAGCCCUCCAACCUAUUGUUCAAGCAGACAUACCUGCCUUCGUAAGUGAAGAAGAAGAUGCCGCUUCAGUGCUCAGUAAAGAAGGGUCCCUCCCUAUCACAUGGAGACCCUGGUCUGAAGAAUUCAUCCCAUCUUACUCCUUAACACAAUGAAUGUACUACAUAUGGCUGGGCCAUUCCUGUUUUGAGUCUGAGCAUCCCAAUGAUCCUCAUCCCCAUCCCAAGUGUCCUAGGACCCUGGGCCUUUAACCUGCCUUGCCUCAGGCCUGGUUUCAAAAACUAUAGCCUAAAGGCCUCACCUCCUUCCCCCCCACCUCCACCUCCUGCCCAUCUGGGGUCUCCUGGCCCUCAGAGAUAGGCAUAGUCACGACCCAGCUGCAGAUGCCUACUGUUUUUGUAAUUUUCUUUAAAAAAAAAAAAAAAAAAAAAAGGAAAGAAAAAA